UCAGGUGGUGUUAGCGCUGCUGUAGGGUAUCCACUGGACACUGUAAAGGUCAGAAUUCAGACAGAGAAAAGCUAUCAUGGAAUAUGGCACUGUAUCGUAGAAACUUACAGAACAGAAAAAGUGCCUGGUUUCUUCAGAGGUGUCUCAAUGACGAUCGUAAUGGCAUCAUUUAUUACAUCAUUUUCGUUUGGGGUCUACAAAAACUUCCUUUACAACAUCUGCAGAUUAAGAUAUGGCUCUGCAGACAGGAAGCCAUCAAAAGUGGAUAUAUCUUUUGCUGCAUGUGCUACUGGUGCAGUCCGGGUUGUGCUUCUGGCACCUGCGGAGAUAGCCAAAGUGAGACUGCAGAUCCAGAAGGAGCCACAUCAUUUGAUGGCACCAACCGACCUCCUUGCCUCCAAGCCCAAGUACCAAGGUGCUGUGCACUGUUUGCGGAUGAUAAUAAAGGAAGAAGGUCUUGCGGGUCUGUACAAAGGAUCUUUGGCACUGCUGUGUAGAGACUGCCAUUCAUUUGCAACCUAUUUCCUCACCUAUUCUGCCCUCUGUGAUUGGCUUACUCCAGUUGGGAAAGACAAGCCAGACCUCUGGGCUGUUCUUCUUUCUGGUGGCUGCGCUGGAGUGCUGGGUUGGGGCGUAGCAACCCCCAUGGAUGUCAUUAAAGCUCGGAUGCAGGCCGAUGGUGAAGGGCAUCGCAAAUACACUGGGCUGAUGCACUGUGCCAGGGAGAGCAUCAAAGAAGAGGGAGUGAGAGUUCUUUUCAAGGGCCUCGGACUCAACUCCGUCCGGGCUUUUCCUACAAACAUGAUGAUCUUCUUUACAUAUGAAGCUGUGCUGAGGCUCGGGGAGCGUUUGGCGAAGUGA